AUGGAAGAUCUUUAUGAACAAACAAUAGAAAGAAGCGAGCAAAUAAAAAAAGCUGGCUAUAAUUUAAUAGAAAUGUGGGAAUGCAAAUGGAUUAAAUCUAAAGAAUAUAAAGAAGAAAUGAAACAAAUUAAAAGCAAAUAUAAAGAAAUUGAAGAACUUAAUCCUAGAAAUGCGUUCUUCGGAGGAAGAACUAAUGCUACAAAACUGAAAGUUAAGGGAAAGAAAAUGAAAUAUAUAGAUAUUUGUAGUUUAUAUCCAACAGUACAAUGUUAUGAUGAUUAUCCAGUUGGAUAUCCUACUAAAAUAUUCAAACCUCCUACGUAUAAUUCAAAAUGGAAAUCUGGCGAUGAAAAACUAACAUUUCCAUUAUGUCAAUUGUGUGCAAAAUUAAAUAAUUCGUGGACCACGUCCACUCAUGAGGGCCGAAGGCCGAAUCAAAAAGAUAAAUGUACUCAUACGGAAUCUCAAAGUGUCAGAGGAACCUGGUGUACAAACGAAUUAGAGACAAGUGAAUGGAGAAAUGAUUUUGAAUCAGAAGAAGAAUAUAGAAAAGCCGUAAAAGAAAAUCUAGAGUAUGUUACGGAUAUUAAGAGAUUUUAUGAGAUUUUAUUAGACGACAGACUUGAUAAUAUACAUAUCAAUGAAUUAAACGAAAAUAUGUUACAAAUUGAUUACAAGUCUAAAGGUUGCUAUCUAGAAAAUGAUUUCAAUACUAACAUAUUCAUAGCUGCUUUUACAACUGCAAAUGCUAGACUAAGAUUGUACGAAAUGUUAGACAUAUUAGGAGAAAGCGUGGCAUAUUAUGAUACAGAUAGCAUUGUAUAUAUAGAUAAUGGUAAAAACACUGUAAAAACAGGUUGUCUAUUGGGAGAUUGGACCGAUGAAUUAGGUAAAGUUGUUUGCAAAAUUAAAGGAUUUACAUUAAACUAUGAAACAUCCGAAAAGAUUAAUUCCGAUAGCAUGAAUAAUAUUUUAGAACACAAAGACAGUAAAAUUAGUACACAAUAUAAUCGAAUUACCAGAGAUAGUAAAACUACAGAACUUUUAAAUAAAAUAGAAACAAAAGAAUUUGGUUUUGUUUAUGACAAGAGAGUUAUUCUAGAAAACUUUGAUACAAUACCGUUUGGAUAUUAA